AAGCCCGGGUGCUGACGUCAGCUAACUUCAGGUCGCACUGGCUGCACUUCUCUGAGGUCCUGCUGGAUGCUAGCGCUACAAGCUAGCAGCUAGCACCACCAAGGUGGAGAGGAAACCUGAGAGCAAAUCAGAGGAGGGUCCCAGGAACAGAACUCCCUGAACUUCCACAUCGCCGACAUGGGGGCUAUGGUCUCCCGGUGGAGGGCCAAACCCUCCACUGUAGAGCUUUUGGAAGGAAUCGAUAAGGAUGUACAGGCACUUGAAGAAUAUGGUGAAAAGUAUCAGAGGCAGUUGAAGAUCUGGCUGGGGAGCCUGCGUCUCUACUCGGUUCUCCUCGUCUUGAUAACAUGUAUAGUCGUGUAUUUCUGGUACCUGCCGGAACAGUUAAUCGGACGGCUCAUAUUGUCUCUUCCCUUGCUCAUUUUUUGCUUAUUAGUCUGGCUACUUCGAAAAAUGCUUGUAAUCACUUUUUCGAGAAGAACGGAGAAAAAUAAUGAAAAAUUAGAGGAUCUUAGAGCGCAAAAAAGGAAAAUUCUUGAAGAUGUUAUGGAAACCGAGACUUACAAAAAUGCUAAAAUGAUUCUGGAGAGGUUUGACCCUGAAUCUAAGAGGAAAAUGGAGCUGGAAUCUACUCCAGUCGGACCUCAGAUGACUCCAAAACCAGGACAAGAAAUCCGUCACCGCAAUGUCAUCCCAAAAACCCCACUUAUGAUGGUGAAUCCCGCGAGCAGCGCCGCCGCCCGCCCUCCUCUUGCCUCUGGGCCCACGCAUCCUGGACGAGCUGCCCACUCCGCUCCAGGUGGACCCCCAGAGAGGAGCCUGUCGGCUAUCGCUGCUCAGCAGAGCCUGAUGAGGAGGCCUGUGACCCCGGGAACACCUGUUCCAGGAGUUGGGAUGCAUCCUCCAGGUCCGCCCCUGGCCAGACCUGUGCUCCCAAGGGACAGAGGAGCUAUGGAUAGAGUCCUUGAGUAUCUGGUUGGAGACGGCCCUCAGAACAGAUAUGCUCUCAUAUGUCAGCAGUGUCUGUCCCAUAACGGAAUGGCAAUAAAAGAGGAGUUUGAAUACAUUGCGUUCCGUUGUGCAUAUUGUUAUUUUUUGAACCCUGCGAAUAAGACCAGGCCUCAGGCGCCCAGUCUGCCCGUGGUCCCCGGCGAACUCAAGAUGUCGUCUGAGGCGUCCUUCCAUUCGUCUGAAGCUGAUGUAGACGACGAGCAGUCUAGCAUAGGGAAAUCCAAGCUUGCUGAUGCAUCUGCUGAACCAGAUGCCGAAGAGCCAGAAACGCAAACAACCGCAGAGUCCCAUCCUACGUCAGACGAGCAAAGCCCCCCAGAGUCACAAGACUUGCCCUCUGAGAAAUCUGACGGAGAGCAGGACGUGUCUGCCAUGGAAGUGGAAUAAAACAGCGGAGAAGUGAUUUCAUUACACGUAACGCUGCAGUUUAGUUUUUUGUUCGAAGAAACGUGAUGAGUUUAAGAAAUUGCCGUAAGUUGGAAUAUCACGGUAACAAGCUAGCAGCUGAUACAAUUUUCAACUUACUGUACACAGUGUCCCUCCUUUUGAGAAUAGUCUUUUAUGGCUGUUAUUAUUGAAAUGUAAAAACGUGUAGCACCAGCAUUUGGUAGCAGAUGCCAAACAACCCGUGUUCCUAGUAGUAUGCAGCCCAAUGAGGAUGGUGGUAAAAUAUUAUUUGUUUUUUAUGUUGCGUUGGAAAAGUCUUUCUUAUUCCAUAUUUUAUUUGUUUUUGACUGAAUUCUUGCAUUUUGCUUUCUUGGUUUACAGAAAACAAAGCGUUUUGUCGGGAAAUACAUUUUUAUUUAUGGGGAAUAUUUAUAAAUAUUUUCUACACUUCAGUGCCUUUCAUGACCAUGUGGACGGGAGUUACUCUGUAGCACGGUGGCGCUAAUGAAUUGUUUACACAUCCAUGGUACCAUAAUAGGAAAGCACAUGCAAUAUGUAUUUAUUUCUAAAAGGAAGAGAUUUAUGUCGGUACUGUGCACCUGCUUUAAGUGCCUUUUUACAUGUCAAGUCUCCGUCUCAGUAUUGUCGAUAAGACAUAUUUACCUAUAGACAAUAAUACAAAUGUAAGUGUUUUCAGUCUUUAAAGACAGUAUCUGUUUGCUGAAUGUCUGCGUUUUCUGACCUGUAUAAAUAAUGGUAAAUAAAUAUUUUUGAACAUC